UCUAUUAUUUCAGUUCUAUUUGUGUCGUGUGCAUUCUUACUCACACACCCCUCCAGAAUAUGUUUUUGUUAUUUGCCGAGUCACUGACCUUGUUUUCACUUUUCCUCCCACUCUAACUUAGGCUUAUAAAUAGAUCCAGGCUCUUCAUGUAAAUUCUUCCACGAAUCCCCACUUGCAGUGUUCAGCCAUUUCACUGUCUUGUAAAACGUGUGACCUCCUGUGUUCUGACUUGGUGAUUUUGGCUGCGAGAAGUGUGUCAGGCUGAAGCAGCACAUGAGCAGACUUGAGAUCAGGGAGGGCUGACACACAAAACGCUUGGCAUUCACUUCUAAACAUUCCCUUUUCAUCAUCCUAAAAUGCUGAGCAAUGCCAUUAAAACCAACAAGGAGCUCCAAUAAUCCACACUUAGCUUCUCAACACUUGGUUUCGCUCAAGCUUUACGGAGGACCUGGUUUUCAUCUAUUCCCAGCCCCCGAGUCUGGAACGCUGUUGAUGUGAAGAAAACCUGGAGGGGAGUCAUGGACUCGUGUUGGGCCUGUAAAAACUUGAGUUGUCUCCGUUUGUCAUUUCAGCUGUGGCAGGGACGGUGGACUACGGCUACACUGACUACACAGAGGAAACCUCCCAACUGGAUUACAAAGGUCGGUGGAGUGAUGCGGACUGGUCGACUAGUUGGUGUACGACAUCCCCACUGGUGUCACCCCCAGCAUCUGACCAAUGGUGAGGUGACCUGCCACUCGCCUCGCGGCCGUGGCUACAGGAGCACGCUGGGCAGCCGCUGUGAGAUGAGGUGUGACAGAGGACACAGACUGAUCGGGAGAAGCUCCAUCACGUGUCUCGCCACCCGCCGCUGGUCUGGGACCGCCUACUGCCGCAAGGUGCGCUGCCACGUGCUGCCUCUCCUCCAACACGGCAGAUACACCUGCACUCAGGGCUUCAUGAUGGACUCUCGCUGCGACUUCACCUGCAACCCCGGCUACCGCAUGGACGGUGCUCCCUCACGCAUCUGUCAGCACGGAGGGUCGUGGAGCGGUGGGCAGCCGCUGUGCUCAGACACAGACCCUCCAAAGAUCAAGUGUCCCCAGUCAAGAAUCAAGUAUGCGGACCCUAGUAAACUCAGCGCCACAGUGACCUGGGACCCUCCCACUGCCAAGGAUACGGCUGAUAAAUCUCUGGAAGUGAUCUUAGUCGGGCAGGAGCCUGGAAGCGAGUUCAAAGAGGGUGCCAACAUUAUCAGGUACAAAGUCUACGACCAGGCGAGAAACAGAGCGGCUUGCAAGUUCAUCAUCAGAGUGGAGGUGAGACGAUGUCCUGAACUACCUCCACCUCUGCACGGCUACCUCACCUGCUCCUCUGACAGCAACAACUAUGGCGCCACCUGCGAGUAUCACUGUGACGGAGGACACGAGCGCAGCGGCGUUUCUAACCGCGUCUGUCAGUUCGACCGCAGCUGGAGCGGAGAGCCCACCCAGUGUGUUGCGAUGGAGAUCAAAUCAGACGUCAAAUCGGUGCAGGCUCUUCUGGAUCAGUUCUACGAGAAGAGGCGACUGCUCAUUCUGUCGGCCCCCAAUAUAUCAGACAGCGACUACCAGAUGCAGAACAUCAUGAUCCAAAAAUCAGACUGUGGACUCGACCUGCGUCACGUGACCGUGAUCGAGCUCCUCGGAUCGCCGCCGAGGGAGACGGGCCGCAUCAGAGAGAAUCUGCUGAAUCCUGAAGUCAUAGAGGGUCUGAGGCAAACCUUCAGGAUCUCCAGGUCCUACUUCAGCAUGCUGCUGCUGGACCACCUGGGUCUGGACCGGGAGCGCUUCAUCACCCCGGUGUCGUCGGACGAGAUCUUCUCCUACAUCGACAGCUUCCUGAUGGAAGAGGAGGAGCGCGAGAGACUGGAGCUCAACAGAGACUUCUGCGAGGAGGUUUCGGAGCCGGAGCCAGAGCUCUAGCUUUCAUUCAUGAGCUGGACUUCACUGUGAACGCCUGAGAAAAGCUGCGGAGCUAACCCACUCAGCAGUUUAGUUAAGACGUGCUGACCAGACAAACAACGUAGUGAAUCAAAUUUACUCCAUAAAUUUCCCCGAACGCUGCCAGUGUUCCUUUCACUCCAGGAAACAAAGGGACACAGUGCUGCCACCUACUGGUGAAACAUUUUCUGCGUCCGCGUUAAAAAGACUUUUCAAAACAUAAACAUUACAUCAUGACUACUUUAGAGAGCAUAUUAUGAGUUUCUUCUUUAGCUGAAAUGGACGACUAAGAGUCAUGACUGGUGCUGACCAUGUUGGGCCUCUGAGACAUGAAUUACAUCAAUAUGUUAGAAGACCACAGCAGAGUGAAACAGGAACGAGUUCAUUCGAACCAAAAUGUUCAAGAAACGCAGCAUGUCACUUUACACAACGUAACACUUUUGAGCUCUAACUAAAGGUUGGAUUAAAUCCCUCAUUUCAAUAAUCACAAUAAAGAAAACAAUUUUAAAGAAAUGGUGUACUUUCCAUUUAAAAUCCGUUUUAUUGAGUUGAAUAUUUACUCCAAUCACCCCAUAAAGGAGUCAACUGUUAAAACCUCAAGCAAAAUAUACAUUGAGUAACUUCAAUAACCUUUCAUUGACUUAUAAAUAUGUUUGUGCAUAUAACCACAGUGAAUGCUGAAUUCUGCGCUUUGACAUUGAUAAACAUGGGAAUGACGACUUGUUUCUGAAGAGCAAUUCUUGGUGUGCAACGACCUGAAUGCGAUGUGAUGUGUUGAGGCGAAAUGGCUUAUUUUGUGGGAGAUUAGUGUUGUGUUGGCACAUAUCUGGGAGGCAGAUGUGAGCAGACAGUCGAAGCUUCUAAAAGGCCCGCAGCUGUUUGUCCCAUUUGAGAGUUAAAUAUUUGUUCCUGACCCAGAAGCUGGACUCCAUCACUCCGGUCUUCACUUGUACUUCCCCAUGGAGGAGCGCAGUGCUAGAGUGCCCUCUGCCCACGAGUUUGGGAACUGCAUCAUCUUCUCCCACAGACUGACCUCCUCUCCAACCGAGUCCAUUUCCACAUCGUCUUUUCCUAUUUUCACAAAUCCUGCAGGUGUCGACACAAAGAGAUGUUUGUCUAAAUAUGAAUUUGAGUUAC